CAACAUCACAACAGAAAGAAUCCAAUGGAAGUAGCCUCCAUUUCCACAGAUGAAGGGACAUUAUCAGCAUCACAAAAUCACCUCAAUUUCACCUCUUUAGGGUUCCUCUUCUAUUAUGAAUCCCAACUCCUGCGUUCCAUCUGCAGCAAAUCCAUCAAUACCCAUCCUAUUCUCCCUCAACCUCUGUUUUUACCUCGUCACCUAGCAUGCUCAAUUCCAACGGGAAGAAGGAAUAGAGUUAGGAAAGGGAAUACAGUUUUGGGUUUUUUUUUUUUUCUGAAUUUUUAUUAUUUUCCUUCAGCUAUAACUAUUGUGGGGGCUUGAGGCACCUAAAUCCGCUGUUAUCAAUCGACCCCCCUUCAUUUCCGGAUCCAAGUGUUUGGGUUUCGUGCAACACAAUUGAAAUUUGAAAUGCUCCAUAAAAUUUUCAUCCAAAAGUAGUCACUUUCCAUGUCGUAUAGUCUCCAAUUGUUUCAAUCCGUCCAUUUUUGGUGGAAUUUACAGUUUGAGAUUGUGAAUACUUGGCAUUGUUGGUACUAGAGCUCUUCUGAGAUCGUUAAGUGAAAAAACAAUGAUCUGGGUGGUGACCAAGGUGAGGUUUUAGGCCUGGAUUUGGAGUCUCUGAAGAUUUUGCUGAAGUGGGGGGUCUUUCUGGGGGCAAUGUUUUGUGGUUUUUUGGUUUUCUGGUGCAAGAGGGUGCUUGCGGUGGAGGAAGUGGUGAAUGCAAGGUACGGAGUGAUUGAGUAGUGGGCAUUGUUGUUGAGGAAUGCGUGGUCUAAGGUUUCUACGGCUUGUAAGAUUUUCAAAGACCAAGGGGUGAUUCUGACCGCACUUUAGGUCUAUCUGCAUUAUUCUCAAUGGCAGAGACUUCUAUAACUACCCUUGUGGCCAUGGAAGGUUUGCUUUCUUUGUUUGAUGAUUGAUGAUUCUUGUAAUUAGUGAAUAAUAAUUGAAAUUUGAAUUU